GCAAACCUAAAAAGCCCAACGAAAUCGCUCUCUAGCCAGCAUUCUUGACGUGUCCAAUUUCUAUUGAUAUUCCUAUUUUUAAAACCCAUACUCUUUGCAUUUCUCUCUCGCAACGCAGAUUAAUUUACAGAUCCAAAAAACACUACUAGUCAAAUACAAUCAUCUUCCUUUUUUCUUGUUAUCCACAUCUUUACAGGAGGAAGGCCAUGUGAUCUGUUUUAAAGAGAAAGAAAUAGUUACUUGAGAUUGUCUUUAUUUCAUUCUUGUACUCUGUGCAUGUGAAACGAGUGGCGAGGCUCGUGCAAAAUUAGGAAGAAUGAUGUGCGACAGAUACUUAACCUUUCACCAAUUUUCACUUCUUUUGUCUCCUGUCAUUUCUUUUUGGGAAUGUAGCGUUAGAAAAAUGAGGUACUCGUUUAGACCCGAGGUUGUGUAGGUAUAUCAGCUUCACAUAUUUAAGUAGUUUCCAACUUUACAUCUAAGUUAGUUAAGUGUUGAAUCAAAAUUUACGAUAACCGAAGGGGACAGACCUGUAAUUAGAUAAUGAAUACAUCUUAACAAUAUUUUCCUUUGCAACGAAAAAGGGAAUUCAAAUUUCAAACUUCCGAGUGGAUAUAAAUCAUAAUGGAGUGUGUUAAGGUAACAGCCAGUGUUAGAAAACCCAAGAAAAAGCCGGUAAAGGACGAGUUGGAUCGAAUUAAACAGGCUGAGAAGAAAAAAAGGCGUUUGGAAAAGGCUUUGGCUACAUCUGCAGCCAUACGCUCCGAACUGGAGAAGAAAAAGCUGAAGAAGAAAGAAGAACAAGAGAGGCUCGAUGAAGAAGGUGCCGCAAUAGCUGAAUCCGUUGCACUACAAGUCCUACUUGGUGAAGACUCGGACGACUCAGAGAAGAAGGAUGAGGGGUUGACCUCUUGGAAUCACUCGAGCAACAUCGGCUUCAUUACGGGGACAAGACGGCCUCAUUUUUAUAAUCUGUCGAAAUAUCCAUGCGAAAAUGCUGGCAUGAUCUCCAACAGUAAUCAGUAUGGGCUAACGUCGAAUUUGUGGGGGCAUUCAUACUUGGUGGGCCCUGCCAAUAAUCUUGACAGAGGCUUUGGCCCACAAUACUUUGGUGAUGUUUGGGGUUCUGUUAGCUUUUCAGCUGGACAUCUUGCGGCUCAGGCAGUUUCGUCUCUUAAAAUAGGUGAAGACUCACGAGUCAAUGCCUUUGUGGCCAAUCGAUUCGUUGAUACUAAGACCAUCACAAGUCGUCAAGGCAGUAUCAUGGACGCCAAUAUUUUUAGUGAUGAGAAAUUAGAGAGCAGACUUUACAUUGGUAACCUUGAUCUGCGGAUAACAGAGGCUGCUCUAAUUAAGAUGUUUUCUCCAUUUGGAAAGAUUGUCUCUGAGGACUUCUUAUGGCAUACUCGUGGCCCCAAACGUGGAGAGCCACGUGGUUAUGCUUUUAUCCAGUUCAGUAAUAAAGAGGAAGCUAUAAAGGCCAAGGAGAAAAUGCAUGGACGAAUGGCUUGUGGACGGCCUUUGGUUGUUCGUUUGGCCAGUGAGAAAUACCCAACUGAAGGAUUAUCCAAAUCUUCCAAAGGCCUCGAAGGUGGCAAGAUGGGUCUAUUGGGUGGAGGUUGUGCGCAUAAUAGUCGAAGUGCAAAAAUAGCUGCAAUAAAGAACAAACUGAAGGCAAUGGAUGAAGAGAAUCAUAAUAAAAACUCGAAAAAACAGAAGCAGAUUGAUACAUCUUGCAUGGAAAAGGAUGAAUGCUUCGGCUAGUAGAUAGUAGGAUAAGGCAAAUGUUAACCAAGUUUUUGUUGUAUGGUGUCAGUUCUCCAAUUAUAUAUUAUGGUUGUUUAGGAUGACAAAGUGUAUCAUAAAAGUCUGAGGAAACACGCCAAGUUUGGUACUUACGAGUUUUAUGUUAGAAUUGAAGUAGAAUGCAUUUGAGUGCUUUGUUGGGCCUCGAAUGCAAUUGUGAUUGCUGCAGAUUCAACGUUGUUUGGUGUCAGAUAAACUUAUUGAUGCAUGUAAGUUAUGCUCUUAGCUUUCAGUUUCAGAUGCAAGUCGUUUGUGACCUUUUGCACCAUGCACUCAAUGGAGGUCUACGUUUGAAAGAAAUAUAUGACGCACCCAAAUAUUAUGUAUAUGUUUUUUGGGAAAUACUACAAUCUCGUUAUAGAACCAUUUCAUCGGGAUUUGUAACCGUUAGAUCAUCA